CAGGCAUCUGGCGUGUGUGCUCACGGGUCCUAAUUAUCUUGGGUAAAUGUCUAUGUUUUCUUUUUUACAGGAGAGAAUUUUGGCUCUGAGUUUGACUUGAAUUCAUACUAAAACGGUGCUUGGCCUAAAGUACAGUACUCGUCUUCACUGAAAAGAUUUUCAAUCAUUUUGUGGGCCACAAGUCAUGUCUGGUAUAGCAUUAAGUCGUCUCUCACAAGAACGGAAGGCUUGGCGGAAAGACCAUCCUUUUGGUUUUGUAGCCGUACCAACAAAAAACCCUGAUGGAACUAUGAACUUGAUGAAUUGGGAGUGUGCCAUCCCUGGAAAAAAAGGGACUCCGUGGGAAGGAGGCUUGUUCAAACUUCGCAUGUUGUUUAAGGACGACUAUCCUUCCUCUCCACCAAAGUGUAAAUUUGAGCCCCCUUUAUUCCAUCCGAAUGUAUAUCCGUCUGGUACCGUAUGCUUGUCUAUAUUAGAGGAAGACAAAGACUGGAGGCCUGCCAUUACAAUCAAGCAGAUCUUGCUAGGAAUCCAAGAACUCCUUAAUGAACCAAAUAUCCAGGACCCCGCACAGGCUGAAGCAUACACGAUUUACUGCCAGAACAGAGUGGAGUAUGAAAAAAGGGUCCGAGCACAAGCCAAAAAGUUCUCGCCGUAAACCUCAAGAUCUCACACUGUAUUGGAAAUGGGUUUUGACCAGGUCUCCUCGCCCCUGUUCCUCCCCCCCCGUACAAACCAGAUCCACUUCAUGCUAAUUUACUGCUGGGCUUGAAGAAAUGAAUGUGUCGUGCCAUUGUCGAUCCACUGAUGCUCGUCAUAACAAACUCUUCCUGGGGGUUUUAAAUUUGGUCUUUUGUAUAUUAUCUUUUUUUCCUUGCCAUUUGGGCAGCAGAGGAGCUGAAAGUUGUGAGGGGUGGUUUUCUUUUUUUCUUCUUUUUUUGGGAGGGGUGGGGUUGUUUGUUAACAGUGCUACAUAUUUGCAAAAAAAAAAAAAAAAAGGCACAAUAUACAUCAUCCACCUGCAGAAGAAAUUAUAUUCCACCGAUGCAGAGGUGUGAGCCUAAAACUGCUUUCAUUUUUGCUUAAUCUUUUUUUCUUUCAGACUGGCCUCCUUAGUCUCUUUCAUGGUUUUAAUAAUUUAAAACUUGCUAUUAAUGUCAGUAUUUCAACUCCUGUAAAACGAUACUUUUAUACUUUCUUUACUUUGGAUUAGUGUCAGUAGAGAGAUUUCCAUUCCUGAUGCAGGCAGUGUACUAAGCAUGUACCAUUCAGUAUGAUGGCGUUGUGCUGCCUUGGCUGUCUGUGUUUUGCAAAAAAAACAAA